AUGAAAACUCGCCACGUCAGAGCAGUCACGGGCCACAAAAGCAAUGCAAGUUUGGAAUCCUACAACGAUCGUCCAACGUUUGAGCAGUUCAAGAAUAUGUCUUCGGCGAUUACAGAUUUCAUCAACUUCUGCAGACCUGACCAUCAAGUCGCCAUUAACCCGCUAGCAGAAGUGAAUCAUUCUCCCUUGGAGACAGUAUCCAAAGCAAUUCAUUCAAGCACAUCCACAAAUGUCCAGGAGAACAUUUUUGUUCAAGAAAAUAUGUCGACUAACGCUGCACAUGGCAUCAUUUCUGGUGGCUCCUUCUCCAACUGCUCGUUCAAUUUGCACUUUAAGUAA